GAAGACAUGGCCCUGCGUAUGGAGGUAGACCGGAGCCCUGGGCUGCCCAUGACUCCUGAACUCAAGACACAGAAUGUCCAUGUGGAGAUUGAGCAGCGAUGGCAUCAGGUGGAGACCACCCCUCUCCGAGAAGAAAAGCAGGUGCCCAUCGCUCCCCUACACCUGCCCUCCUCUGAGGAUGGAAGUGACCGACUCUCCACUCAUGAGAUGACCUCUCUGUUGGAGAAGGAGUUGGAACAGAGCCAAAAGGAAGCCUCAGACCUUCUGGAACAGAACCGGCUCCUUCAGGACCAGCUGAGGGUGGCUCUGGGCCCGGAGCAGAGUGCCCGGGAGGGCUACGUGCUGCAGGCCACCUGUGAGCGAGGGUUUGCAGCAAUGGAAGAAACACACCAGAAGAAGAUUGAAGACCUGCAGAGGCAGCACCAGCGGGAACUGGAGAAGCUGCGAGAGGAAAAGGACCGGCUCCUGGCAGAAGAGACUGCGGCCACAAUUUCAGCCAUUGAAGCCAUGAAAAAUGCCCACCGGGAGGAGAUGGAGCGUGAGCUGGAAAAGAGCCAGCGGUCCCAGAUCAGCAGCAUCAACUCUGACAUCGAGGCUCUAAGGCGGCAGUACCUGGAGGAGCUGCAGUCGGUGCAGCGGGAGCUGGAGGUGCUGUCGGAGCAGUACUCGCAGAAGUGCCUGGAGAAUGCCCACCUGGCCCAGGCGCUGGAGGCCAAGCGGCAGGCCCUGCGGCAGUGCCAGCACGAGAACCAGGAGCUCAACGCCCACAACCGGGAACUGAACAACCGCCUGGCUGCAGAAAUUUCACGGUUACGUACACUGCUGACUGGGGAUGCCAGUGGGGAGGCUGCCGGCUCGCCACUCACACAGGGCAAGGAUGCCUACGAGUUAGAGGUGUUAUUGCGGGUCAAGGAAUCAGAGAUCCAGUACCUGAAGCAGGAGAUCAGUUCUCUCAAGGAUGAACUACAGACAGCAUUGCGGGACAAGAAGUACGCUAGUGACAAGUACAAAGAUAUCUACACAGAGCUCAGCAUCGUGAAGGCCAAGGCCGACUGUGAUAUCAGCAGGUUGAAAGAGCAGCUGAAAGCAGCCACAGAAGCACUGGGUGAAAAAUCACCUGAAAACACCCCUGUGUCAGGAUACGAUAUAAUGAAAUCUAAAAGCAACCCUGACUUCCUGAAGAAAGACAGAUCCUGCGUCAGCCGGCAACUGAGAAACAUCAGGUCCAAGUCCGUCCCCUGUCAUAGUCUGAAGGAAGGCCUGACCGUGCAGGAACGCUUGAAGCUCUUUGAAUCCAGGGACUUGAAGAAAGACUAGCAGUGCCCAUUCGACCUGAACACAGCCUGCCCUGCUGGCGGCAGCACAACCCAAGCGCUGUUUCUUGUCUGUACCUUUAUUUUUUAUUAUUAUUAUUAUUAUUGCUAUUAUUGUCAUCAUUAACUGUGGGUAUGGAUGCAUGAGAGAGACUGGUUUAUGGGUUGUUCACACUGUUUCCCGCCAUGUUGACUCCAACCUCCUUCGUCUUUAUCAAAGCUUUUUUUUACACAGAAUUCUAAAACUAGCCAGGAGUGGGGCCGGGAGAGCCUCCCGCCGCACGUGCGUUAGCCCGCUCCGUGCUGCCGCCCCGCACUCACGGUCAGUAUUAAGGCCCAGCAGCCUGGAUAAGCUAGCGCUGUCUGCGUGGAAUCAGGCCUAAGGCUCGGCGCUGCUGCACGUAGUGGAGGCUCGUCCAGGGUGGUGUGGAGAAGAGGACGAGCCGUCAGGAUGGGGUUUGCCGGUUCCAGCACUGACACCCACAGGCCGGGAGCAGUCAGAGAGCAGGAUGAGGGGCAUGGUUACCACCUUGACCUGCCACUUCUGGCUUGGAAGGAAAACAGCAUUUUUUGUAUUUGUUCCACUAAUGCAGCUUAGAACCACACCCCAGGUAAUCAUGGUAAACCUUUCACAACCUGAAAAAUGUUGAAAGCAGCCAUUCCUAUUUUUGUUUGUUUUUUAUUAAAUCUUGCA